CCGCACUGUCCUCAACUCCUCCUCUGCUUCUGUUUAUAAGACAACUCUAAUGCGGUUUUCCACUCGGAAUUGCAUUCAAAACAUUUCAAUUUAUGUCAUGGGUUUUUCGGGAAAACCAACAGCUCCUCAGCACUUUAUAUGCAGCCCACUUCUGUUGUUUCCUUUGAGGAAAAAACACCCAGUUGGAUGUGACAUUUUGCUGCAGCUACAGUAACCUACAACGCUGUGAAAUCUUGAUAAACACGGAUUAAUGGAUCCGAUUCUUCAGCUCACGGUCAAUUACUGACAACGGAUCAGUUGUAUCCUCGUCAGGAUAAAUCCACCCACCAGUCGUGAUCAGGCUUCCUGUUGAGAACAAACUCUUUACGUGAAGGAGACUCUGUGCAAAUAUAUCGGACUUUGAAAAGAACAUCAGGGACAAAAUGCCAAAGGAGCUUUUGGAGGAAUAUGAACCUCUGCUUGUCAAAGACUUUAAAUAUAGAGACCGACCAAAGUUACCAAACAAAUCCCUGGUGCUGGCUGCAUGUGCUGCGUGUAUAGGAGGAACCUUUCAGUAUGGAUACAAUGUAUCUGUCAUCAACGGUCCCACAAUGUAUGUGCAGGAUUUCAUCAACCAAACCUGGAGGGAGCGUUACCAAACAGACAUAUCAGCAGAAGGUCUCACGCUGCUGUGGUCCACUAUUGUCUCUAUAUUCACCAUCGGGGGACUUAUAGGAGUGACAGUCGGUGGGACGUUGUCUGUGAAGCUGGGGAGGAAAGGGACGCUGUUGGCCAAUAAUAUAUUUGCAUUAAUUGGUGCUCUACUGAUGGGCCUGAGUUACCCUACAGGAUGUUUUGAGUUACUCAUCGCUGGACGUCUUUUCACUGGAAUGAAUGCAGGCAUUGGCCUCUGUGUUCAGCCUCUGUAUCUGGGAGAAAUUGCUCCGACAGCAUUUCGUGGUGCAAUGGGAAUGGGAACGUCCAUUUUCAUUACUGUUGGGAUCUUGACUGGACAAGUGGUUGGCCUCAGAGAGCUCCUGGGCACAGAAGAGUACUGGCCCUUCCUGCUGUCCACCACGUGUAUCCCAGCGUUCCUGCAGCUCCUGAUCCUGCCCUGGUUCCCAGAGAGCCCACGCUACCUGCUCAUUGACAAAGGGGACAAUGAGGGAUGUAAGAAAGCCCUGAAGCAACUGCACGGUAUAGCUGGAUAUAAUACCGAACGGGAGGAUAUAGAGAAGGAGAAGAGUAACUUAGCAGGUUUCAAGCCCAAGAAACCCUGGGAGCUCUUCACCGAUCGUAGUGUCCGCUGGCAGCUUCUCACCAUCUUGCUGCUCAACGCUGCACAACAGCUGAAUGGCAUCAAUGCUAUUUACUUCUACGCAGCUUACUUGUUCAAACAAUCUGGGAUUCCCGUUGAUAAAAUACCAUAUGUGACCGUUGGCACUGGUGUCUGUGAAUGCAUCACAGCUUUAACAGCUGGUAUGCUCAUUGACUGUCUGGGGAGGAAAGUGCUCAUCACGGGAGGAUACAUGCUAAUGAGCAUCUGCUGCAUUUUAUUUACAGUGACGCUCUCUUAUCAGGAUGCCAGCCCAAUUAUUCCAUACUUGAGCAUGGCGUGUGUUUUUGCUUUUAUCCUCAGUUUUGGCUUAGGACCAGGUGGCGUGACUAACAUCUUGACCACUGAGCUGUUCACACAGACAGCACGUCCUGCAGCGUACAUGAUCGCAGGGUCACUGAACUGGCUGUGCUUCUUCUUCAUCGGCCUGGUCUUCCCUUUUAUUGUGAUUGGGCUGCAGCAGUACUGUUUCCUGGUGUUCUUGGUCGUCUGCUCCUCGAUGGCGUUAUAUAUUUUCUUUAUCGUUCCGGAAACCAAGAACAAAACUUUUGUACAAAUCCAGAAUGAUUUCCAGUCCCCCAUCAAUAAAAAGGCCCGCCGUGCUGACGGAGCAGGGAUGACGCUGUUAGCGACUUCUACAUGAAACAUUACCCGAGCAGUUAAAGCUCUUUACAACAUCUCACAGAGAUGACUACCUGCUAACACAAAAGCUCACUGUAGGAAAUGUACUGAAACUUUAAAUUAUGGUGCUUGCUGGGACAAUAUCACUUUAGUUUACUUACAGAUAUUUGAUUGAAGUUAUCUUAAUAUGUAAGAUUUCCCUAUGAAACAUGUUGGUUUGUGUACUUUUUUU